AGCCUGCAGUGCGCAUCUUGUCCCACAACUUCGGUAGAAACAUCUGACGGCUAUACUCCGAGGGCUGAUGAUUCUUUUCCUGCGGUGAUUCUUGUAUCCCGCCAUCCCUCAGUUUUGUGUUUAUUCCUGUUUUCAUUUUACCUCCUAACUCACGCUAGCGCUUCAGAAUGGCUUCCGAGAAAGCCCCUCUGCCUUUUGGCUACACCUUCAUGGCCGGCGCCAUUGCCGGUGUUUCUGAAAUUCUGGUCAUGUACCCUCUGGAUGUCGUCAAGACACGAGUACAACUCCAAACUGGCAAGGGCGGUGGUGCGGAUGCCUACACCGGCAUGCUUGACUGCUUCCAAAAGAUCAUCCGCAAUGAGGGCUUCUCGAGACUCUACCGCGGCAUCACCGCUCCGAUCCUCAUGGAGGCGCCCAAGCGUGCUACCAAAUUCGCCGCCAACGACAAGUGGGGCAAGUUCUACCGGGAACUGUUCGGCCAGCAGAAGAUGACGCAAUCCCUCUCCGUCCUGACAGGCGCGUCGGCCGGCGCCACCGAGUCCUUCGUUGUGGUGCCCUUCGAGCUGGUCAAGAUCCGUCUGCAGGACAAGGCCUCGGCCGGCAAGUACAACGGCAUGGUGGAUGUGGUGGUCAAGACGGUGCGCAACGAGGGCCUCCUGGCCAUGUACCAAGGUCUCGAAUCGACACUAUGGCGCCACAUCCUCUGGAAUGCGGGCUACUUCGGCUGCAUCUUCCAGGUGCGCCAGUUGCUCCCCAAAGCGGAUACCAAGAAGGGCCAGACCAUAAACGAUAUCCUUGCUGGUACCGUCGGUGGCACCGUUGGCACCAUCCUCAACACUCCCAUGGACGUCGUCAAGUCGAGAAUCCAAAACACAAUCAAGGUUGCCGGCCAAACACCGAAGUACAACUGGGCAUGGCCGGCGGUGGCAACGGUUGCCAAGGAAGAGGGGUUCGGCGCGCUGUAUAAGGGGUUCAUCCCCAAGGUGCUCCGGCUGGGACCUGGUGGCGGUAUCCUCCUCGUCGUUUACACCGGUGUGAUGGACUUCUUCCGCAAGAUGAGAGAUGGGACCGCCUAAAGAACAGAUACCCCCGAAGAGCCAGUCUGCUUGGGCUGUUUGAAUAGAAGGAUGGUUGUAUACAAAGGGAUGCAUAGCGCCUACAGGAUCUGUUUUGUCUACGUAGACUAGACCUUCCAGGGCGUCUGUACUCAAAACGCUAAGAGCUUCUGUCGAGACUCGCUCUUGAAUAAGAAAUCCGAUAUUGAG